AUGGAUGUCACGGUGUUCGUUAUCGAUGUCGGUCCCUCGAUGGGCGAGAAAGGCAAUGGUAGAAGCUUGAGUAAUCUCGAUUGGUCGCUGAAGUACGUCUGGGACAAGAUCGGGGCCAAAAUGCUUACAGGGCGCAAAGGCGAGGUGGCAGGAGUUGUCGGCUUUCGAACAGAUGGUACAGACAAUGUACUUGGAAAGGAUGACGCGUAUAAGCACAUAACCGUACUGUCGCCGAUCGUUCAGAUGUCUACGCCCAACAUUCAGCAGUUGAAGGCUAGUCUGAUACCGAGCAAUACCGAUGAGGGGGAUGCUAUCUCCGCAUUGGUCAUUGGGAUUGAUAUGAUCGGAAACUAUUGUGGAACUAGGCGGGGGAAGAAGGAGCUUAUUCUGAUUACGGACGGCAAGGGCGUCAACGAUUUCGACAGUGUAUCCAGCAUCGCUGGACAGAUCGAUAACAGUGGCAUUGAGCUGUCCGUAUUGGGUAUUGAUUUUGAUGACGAGGAGUACGGCUUCAAGGAGGAGGACAAGGAUGAGAACAGGCGGCAAAACGAAGAGGAGCUACUCGACUUUUGUGGACAAUGUUCGGGAAGAUAUGCCACCAUGAAGGAAGUCAUCGACUCUAUAGCAGCUAUGCCUCGUCUCAAGCAAGUAAAACCGACUCCGACUUUCCGUGGUAUACUUACUAUAGGUGACCCUGAGAACUAUAACGAUGCGGUCCAAAUCAGUGUUGAGCGUUAUCCUCUCAUCAAGAUCGCAAAGCCUCCCAGUGCAAGCAAUUACAGUGUUCCGGCUGAGCUGAUGGAUGCUCACACGACUCAACAGAACGGACAGGAUUCGGCAUAUCGCAAGCCAACGUACGGGGUCAAAUUUGAGCGGACAUAUAUCGUUCAGGACGAAGAGAACGCCGAGCUAGGCGAGGAAGUCCCACAAGCGGAACUCGAAAGGGGUUACACGUAUGGAAGAACAGUAAUUCCUCUGAGUAAGGCUGAUGAGGAUAUAAUUCACUUUGAAACCAAGCAAGGUUUGGAUAUUCUUGGAUUUGUCAAGACGGAUAGGUACGAACGCUUUCUGAGUAUGAGUGAGACGAGCCUCAUUGUUGGCCAGAAAGCCAACGAGAAGGCGUCUAUAGCCUUGUCUUCGUUGAUACACUCUUUACACGAAUGUGAAGCGUACGCCCUUGGGAGGCUGGUGAAGAAGGACGGCAAACCACCCACUUUGAUUCUCAUGGCACCUAAGAUUGAGCCGGAUUUUGAGUGCCUCAUCGAUGUUGAAGUGCCUUUCACCGAAGACCUCCGCCAUUACAACUUUGCGCCUCUCGAUAGGGUUACUACCAUCAAGGGCAAGGUCUUGGACAAGCAUCGCAACCUACCUACAGAAGAGAUGGACGCGGCCAUGAGCGCCUUUGUUGAUAGCAUGGACCUGACGACAGUCGAUUACGACCCUACAGGAGGUCCAGUGGACCUGAUAAAGCCUGAGGACACUUAUAACGCUGUUAUUUACCGGAUCAAUCAGGCUCUGAUCCACCGCGCAGUACAUCCGGGAGCCAAACCUCCUCCGAUCCCAGAGUCGAUAAUGAAGUACUCGAAGCCUAUUCCAAAGAUUGCAAAUCGGAUGGAGGCACCGCUGAAAGCCUUGGAAAGGGCGUGCGAUAUCAAGAGGAUUCCUCCUCGAGUGAUUGGCAAGCGUAGAAGAGAUGCAGAGCCUGAGCUGAAGCCAGCACCAGGCCUCGAUCUUGAGGAUCUUCUUUUCCAGAAACCCAAGGUAGAACCGCCUUCAACCCGACCGGAAGUGACAACGAUCAGUCAGGAGAAUCCAGUUCGGGAUUUCGAGGCAAUGAUGAGGAGUGAAAAACCCGGGGUCUUGGAAAAGGCCUUCGCUCAAAUGCGGGCCAUUGUCCCCACUGUCAUUGCAGCUGGUGAGGAUGACAAAGCCUUGAAUGCACUACGCACUUUCCGGAAGAAUGCCGAGGAACUUGAGGAGGUUGGGCUUUACAAUGACUUCAUACACGAGUUGAAGCCUGCAAUAUUUCGUGGUGAGCUAGGAGGCGACCGAUCAUCCUUCUGGGGAAAGCUGGUGGACGCAAGACUGGGUCUCGUGUCGAAGUUCGAAAGAAAGGAUUCUUCUAUCUCAGUGGAAGAGGCUGAACAGUUUCAUAAGUCAAAUUAGCGUCUAUUAUGAUAAUUGUAAUACUACCCCAGUUACCAACACCCAACAAAAAGAAAUUAAAAACUCAUGAUGUACCCAUCCAACCCGGAUUUGACAUAAACUCAUCCCAUCCCAUCAUCGGCACUCCCGAUGAAUUUCCAAAUGCUGGUGUUGGUCCAUGAUCCUGUCCUUGUCCAUCUUCCAUAAAGAUAGGGGUCUCGUAGCCUGUAUAACCGG